GAGGGUGGUAGAAAAGUGUUACCCCGUUUUGGCCCCGUGGGGAGCAAACUUCCCUGAAGUGUCCGUAUCUGGGUGAUGCCGAGGCGCGUGCACACGCCCUCUGCACUCCCCAGGAAACCGUCAUGAAAGUGCACUUGAACAGGGAGUGUUUUUCUUGAAGGCUGCACCGCAGACCGGCGUGCUGGACGCAACCACCCUCAGUUCCAAGGUUUCUUUUUUUUCCCCUCGCAGAUUUGAAGGAUUCCUUUGGGAGCUGACGCUCCAGCCUCCACGAUCCACUCGGAUUCCUCCUGGACUCGGGGGUAGCGCCGAGGAGAAGGUGACUGCUUUUUGCUGUGGCUGCCAAGAAGACCUGUCGCCUUUGUUUUUAAGUCGAGGGAGAUGGAAGAAGGCGAAGUCAAUUGAAGUCCCCGGACAUCAUCGCGGCAUAGAAGGGACUUCCUGAAAGCCUUCAUUCCCUGGCACAUUGUUUCACCAGCCCUGGGAGCCCGUGUGCAUUUCUUCCCUUUUUGGUGUGUUCGUGGCAUUUCUCCCCAAUGUGGACUCCAAAGGAUUUAUCCCUUCUUUGUCAUUUGAAAUGAAAUGAUGGCCACACGUCGGACUGGUCUGCCUGAGGGAGAUGGUGACAAACUCAAGGCCUUCGGGGCCCCCGCCUGUGAGGUAUCAAAAAAUAAAGAUGGAAAAGAACAGAGUGAAACUGUAUCACCGUCCGAAGAUGAAACAUUCUCCUGGCCAGGUCCCAAAACAGUUAUGUUGAAAAGAACAUCUCAAGGCUUUGGUUUUACAUUAAGGCAUUUUAUUGUUUAUCCUCCGGAGUCUGCAAUUCACUUUUCAUAUAAGGAUGAAGAAAAUGGAAACAGAGGAGGAAAACAAAGAAACCGCUUGGAACCAAUGGAUACCAUAUUUGUCAAACAAGUUAAAGAAGGGGGGCCUGCUUUUGAAGCUGGAUUAUGCACAGGUGACCGAAUUAUAAAAGUCAAUGGAGAAAGUGUUAUUGGAAAGACCUAUUCUCAAGUAAUUGCUUUAAUUCAGAACAGUGAUAAAACAUUGGAACUUAGUGUUAUGCCAAAAGAUGAAGACAUUCUCCAAGUGCUACAGUUUACAAAGGAUGUCACAGCACUGGCAUAUUCUCAAGAUGCCUACCUGAAAGGCAACGAAGCCUACAGUGGCAAUGCCCGCAACAUACCUGAACCUCCACCAAUUUGCUAUCCCUGGCUGCCACCAGCCCCUUCCACCGUGUCCCAGCCAGUCGAAAUAUCUCCCCCAGACUCAUCAUCGAGCAAACAGCAAACCAGUACACCAGUCCUCUCGCAGCCUGGCAGGGCUUAUAGAAUGGAAAUCCAAGUGCCUCCAUCACCAACCGAUGUUGCAAAAUCAAACACAGCCGUGUGCGUUUGCAAUGAAAGCGUAAGGACUGUCAUUGUGCCUUCUGAGAAGGUGGUAGAUUUGUUAUCCAGUAGAAACAACCACACAGGUCCUUCACAUAGAACUGAAGAAAUGAGGUAUGGCAGAAAUGAGCAGACCUCUUUAAAAACGGUAUCAAGAACCAUGUCACCACCAUCAUCGAUUCCAACUGCCCACCUAAUUCAUCAGACUGCAGGCUCCAGAUCUUUGGAGGCCUCUGGAAUUUUACUUAAAUCUGGAAAUUACAGUGGGCAUUCAGAAGGAAUCUCGAGCAGUAGAUCUCAAGCAGUGGAUUCACCUUCCGUAUCUGUUAAUCACUAUUCUCCAAAUUCCCAUCAGCACAUAGACUGGAAAAACUAUAAAACUUACAAAGAAUAUAUUGAUAACAGACGGUUGCAUAUAGGUUGCCGGACGAUUCAAGAAAGGUUAGAUAGUUUAAGGGCAGCAUCCCAGAGCACGGCAGAUUAUAACCAAGUAGUACCCAACCGUACUGCUCUGCAGGUACGACGUCGAAGCACCUCUCACGAUCGAGUGCCCCAGUCGGUUCAGAUCCGGCAACGCAGCGUGUCCCAGGAAAGACUGGAGGAUUCCGUGCUAAUGAAGUACUGCCCACGAAGUGCGUCUCAAGGAGCACUGACCUCUCCACCCGUUAGUUUUAGUAAUCAUAGAACUCGUUCAUGGGAUUACAUUGAGGGGCAAGGGGAAACCGUAGAAAACGUCAGUUCCGAGGGUCAAAUACCGGAUUUGAAUGAAGAGCGAAAGCAGACUUACAAGUGGAGUGGCUUUACUGAACAGGAUGAUAGAAGAGGUAUUUAUGAAAGACCUAGACAGCAAGAAAUUCAUAAAUCCUUCCGAGGUUCAAAUUUUACUGUGGCCCCAAGCAUUGUUAAUGCAGAUAACAGGCGAAUGAGUAGUAGAGGAGUGGGAUCCGGGGCGCAGUUUAAAAAAAUCCCACCAGAUCUAAAAACAUUGCAGUCAAACAGAAAUUUUCAGGCUCCUUGUGGAAUGUCACUGGCUCGGGGCGUUUCACAAGACAGGUCACCUCUUGUGAAAGUCCGAAGUAACUCUUUGAAAGCGCCUUCUACCCAUGUCACGAAACCAUCCUUCAGCCAGAACUCGUUUGUUCCUAUCAAAGACCAAAGACCAGUAAAUCACUUGCAUCAAAACAGUCUGUUGAAUCAGCAGACAUGGUUAAGAACUGAAAGUGCCCCCGAUCACCAGGGAGAGCCCAGGAAAUCCCCCUCCUUAUCUGGACCUUCUGCAAAGCCUGCCCCUCAGAUGAGUGAGAAUUCCGGCCCUUCAGAUUUAGAAUUACCUGUCAGUCAACAGAGUCGAGAUUUAAAUUUACAUGAGGCUGAAAUUCCACAGGCAGAUGCUUUAGAUAAUAAAGAAGCUGUCAUCCUCAGAGAAAAGCCUCCAUCUGGUCGCCAAACCCCGCAGCCUUUAAGGCAUCAGUCCUACAUCCUGGCAGUCAAUGACCAGGAGACCGGGUCGGACACGACCUGCUGGUUGCCUAAUGACGCUCGCCGAGAGGUCCACAUGAAGAGAAUGGAGGAGAGGAAGGCCUCGAGCACCAGUCCACCUGGCGAUUCCUUGGCUUCCAUCCCAUUCAUAGAUGAACCAACCAGUCCUAGUAUUGAUCACGACAUCGCACACAUCCCCGCCUCCGCAGUGAUCUCAGCCUCCACCUCGCAAGUCCCCUCAAUAGCCACAGUCCCUCCCAGCCUCACAACGUCAGCUCCUUUAAUUCGACGCCAGCUCUCCCAUGACCACGAAUCGGUUGGCCCUCCUAGCCUGGAUGCCCAUCCCAGCUCGAAGACAGAAAGAUCAAAAUCAUAUGAUGAGGGUCUGGAUGAUUACAGAGAAGAUGCAAAACUGUCCUUUAAGCACGUAUCUAGCCUGAAGGGAAUCAAGAUUGUAGACAGCCAGAAGUCAUCAGAAGACUCCGGAUCCAGAAAAGAUUCUUCCUCAGAGGUUUUCAGCGAUGCUACCAAGGAAGGGUGGCUUCAUUUUCGACCCCUUGUCACUGAUAAGGGCAAGAGAGUUGGUGGAAGUAUCCGACCAUGGAAACAGAUGUAUGUUGUGCUUCGGGGCCAUUCGCUUUACUUGUACAAGGAUAAGAGAGAGCAGGUGACUCCAUCGGAGGAGGAGCAGCCCAUCAGUGUUAAUGCAUGCUUAAUCGACAUCUCCUACAGCGAGACCAAGAGGAAAAACGUGUUUCGACUUACCACAUCCGACUGCGAAUGCCUCUUCCAAGCUGAAGACAGAGAUGACAUGUUAGCGUGGAUUAAGACUAUCCAGGAGAGCAGUAACCUGAAUGAAGAGGACACUGGAGUUACUAACAGGGAUCUAAUUAGUCGAAGAAUAAAAGAAUAUAACAGUCUGAUGAGCAGCAAACCAGAACAGUUGCCAAAAACACCUCGCCAGAGCCUCAGCAUCAGGCAGACUUUGCUUGGAGCUAAAUCAGAGCCAAAGAUGCAGAGCCCACACUCCCCGAAGGAAGAGUCAGAAAGGAAGCUUCUCGGGAAAGAUGAUACCAGUCCCCCAAAAGACAAAGGCACGUGGAGAAAAGGCAUUCCAAGUAUCAUGAGAAAGACAUUUGAAAAAAAGCCUACUGCUACAGGAACGUUCGGUGUCAGACUGGAUGAUUGCCCGCCAGCUCAUACUAAUCGGUAUAUUCCAUUAAUAGUUGACAUAUGUUGCAAAUUAGUUGAAGAAAGAGGUCUUGAGUAUACAGGUAUUUAUAGAGUUCCUGGAAAUAAUGCAGCCAUCUCAAGUAUGCAAGAAGAACUCAACAAGGGAAUGACUGAUAUUGAUAUACAAGAUGAUAAAUGGCGAGAUCUGAAUGUGAUUAGCAGUUUACUAAAAUCCUUCUUCAGAAAACUCCCUGAGCCUCUCUUCACAAAUGAUAAAUAUGCUGAUUUUAUUGAAGCCAAUCGUAAAGAAGAUCCUCUAGAUCGUCUGAGAACAUUAAAAAGACUAAUUCACGAUUUGCCUGAACACCAUUAUGAAACACUUAAGUUUCUUUCGGCUCAUCUGAAGACAGUGGCAGAAAAUUCAGAAAAAAAUAAGAUGGAACCAAGAAAUUUGGCAAUAGUUUUUGGUCCUACUCUGGUGCGGACAUCUGAAGACAACAUGACCCACAUGGUUACUCACAUGCCCGACCAGUACAAGAUUGUGGAAACGCUCAUCCAGCACCAUGACUGGUUUUUCACAGAAGAAGGUGCUGAAGAACCUCUUACCACAGUGCAGGAGGAAAACACAGUAGAGUCCCAGCCAGUGCCAAACAUAGAUCAUUUACUCACCAACAUUGGGAGGACAGGCGUAUCCCCGGGAGAUGUAUCAGACUCAGCUACUAGUGACUCCACAAAAUCUAAGGGUUCUUGGGGAUCUGGAAAGGAUCAGUACAGCAGGGAACUGCUUGUGUCUUCCAUCUUUGCAGCCGCUAGUCGCAAGAGGAAAAAGCCAAAAGAAAAGGCACAACCUAGCAGUUCGGAAGAUGAAUUGGACAGUGUAUUUUUUAAAAAGGAAAAUGUGGAACAGUGUCAUAAUGAGGUUAAAGAAGAGUCCAGAAAAGAAAGUGAAACAUCAGGCAGAAAACAGAGGAUUAUUAUUGCCAAAGAAACCAGCGCUAAGAAAGAUCACGGCGCAACAAAAGAUGGGAAGAUCUCGCUACGAAAAGAAAAUACACCACCUGAGGAACCCCUGCCACCGCACCAUUCCAAACACAAGUCGCCAACUCUCAGCUGUCGCUCUGCCAUACUGCAAGAGAGCCCCAAAUCGUGUUCGACACAAAAGCCCUCCCAUUUUGAAGAGACAGGGUCUGACUCUGGCACUUUGCUUAGCACGUCUUCCCAGGCUUCUCUGGCAAGGUUUUCCACCAAGAAGUCAACCAGUCCAGAAACCAAACAUAGUGAGUUUUUGGCCAAAGUCAGCACCAUCACCUCAGAUUAUUCUACCACGUCAUCUACUAUGUACUUGACCAGCCUGGACUCCAGCCGCCUGAGCCCCGAGGUGCAGUCCAUGGCAGAAAGCAAGGGCGAUGAGGCCGACGACGAGAGAAGCGAGCUGGUCAGUGAAGGGCGACCCGUGGAAACGGACAGUGAGAACGAGUUUCCUGUUUUCCCCACAGCUUUGACUUCAGAGAGGCUUUUCCGAGGAAAACAACAAGAAGUUACUAAGACAAGCAGGAGAAAUUCUGAAGGAAGCGAAGUAAGUUGUACUGAGGGAAGUUUAACACCAAGUUUAGACAGCCGGAGACAGCUCUUUAGUUCACAUAAGCUUAUUGAGUGUGAUACACUCUCCAGAAAAAAAUCUGCUCGAUUCAAGUCAGACAGUGGAAGUCUAGGAGAUACCAAGAACGAGAAAGAAACACCUUCCAUAACUAAAGUGUUUGAUGUAAUGAAAAAAGGAAAAUCAACUGGGAGUUUAACACCCACCAGAAGUGAAUCAGAAAAACAGGAACCCACUUGGAAAACAAAAAUAGCAGAUCGGUUAAAACUGAGAUCCAGAGCACCUGCAGAUGAUAUGUUUGGAGUAGGAAAUCAAAAGACGAACGCUGAGACUUCCAAACGGAAAAACAUCAAACGCAGACACACACUAGGUGGCCAUAGAGAUGCUACUGAAAUCAGUGUUCUGAAUUUUUGGAAAGUGCACGAGCAGAGUGUGGAGAGAGAAUCUGAACUUUCAGCUGUGAAUCGGUUAAAACCCAAAUGCUCAGCCCAGGACCUCUCAAUCUCAGACUGGCUCGCCAGGGAACGUUUGCGCACCAGUGCCUCUGAUCUCAGCAGGGGAGAAACCGGGGACCCCCAGCUGGAGAAUCCUGGCAUGUUAGAAACAUCCAUGACCGAGACACUCUUGGCUUUUCAGUCGGAGACAGGCAGUUCUUCCAGUACUUUGGCUUCUACUGCGAGGCCCCUUCUUUCCACACCACCACAGUCACCUGACCAAAUAAAUGGAGAAAGCUUCCAGAACGGGAGCCAGAAUGUUAGUUCUGCAGCAAAUGCCCAACCUCACAAACUGUCUGAAGCCCCAGGCAACAAAGCACAGUUGCAUCCCUGUCUUUAAACUGGGGCUAUGUCCACUCUAGCAAAUAAAAAGCUACUGUUACAUGUUCCAGUCACUCUGUAAAUAUUUUCUUGUACCAGAAUUGUUAUUAAUGCAGCCUUCAUUUGGGCUGGUUUCAUCAUUUUGCACUGUGAAAUAGCUUUACAGUGCAUUACUACAGCCAGAAGAAC